ACAGCAAUAUCACUUUAAGGGCGUCCACCAAUGAUCUCUAUCAGCGCCGAAUGACCCUGCAGCUGAUUGGUCGACAUCAACAGUCACACCAGCAGGUUCGCUCUAUGAUGCUAUUUUUGCCUCAGACGCAAAAGCUCACCGAGACAAACAUCAUUAUUUGAUUAGAGUAAAAACAAGAAGAACAGUGUUUUGAAGUUGUCAUGGCACAGACAAAGCCGGAGCCUGGAGACCUUAUUGAAAUCUUCCGAGGCACAUAUCAGCACUGGGUUAUUUAUGUUGGUAAAGGUUAUGUGAUUCACCUGGCACCUCCCUCUGAACAUGCUCAAGCUGGAGCCUACAGUAUGAUGUCAGUAUUAUGUGAUAAAGCCACCGUGAAGAAAGAAGAACUUUAUGAAGUAGUUGGCAAUGAUGAAUACCGUAUCAACAAUCUUCUGGAUGAGAAAUAUGAGCCACGUCCUGUUCGAGAGAUUCUUCAGGAUGCACAUAGUGUUUUGGGACAAGAACGUCCAUAUUGUGUCUUUAGAGGGAACUGUGAGCACUUUGUUACAGAGCUGAGAUACGGAGAACCACAGUCCCGCCAGGUGCGGAAAGCGGUGGAGAUGGGUGUUGGAGUUGGUCUUGUUGCAGCAGGUACCUUUGCAGUUCUUGCUGCUGCUGCUGCCAUAUUUAGCUCAAAAGACAAACAGAAACGGAAACAGAACCAGUAAAAACUGGGGAAUGAAGUGAAAGCACAGUUGUGGAGACCUUUGAUAUUUAAAGUCUGUAAAAUGUGUAAUGCAUUUAAUGAAAAUAAUUAAAAACAUUUAAUGUAUUGAUUAGGCAGGCUUAGUUUUAUGAGCACAAAUGGAAAUAUUCCUAAACAGAACAUAAGUGAUUGUCAGCAACCAAACAAAACCCCAUCUGUUCUGUGGUUUGCUAACAGUGGUGCAUUUCGCUGCUGACAAAUCUCUGCAUGAAAGAUUUUAUUGAAAUAAUUUUGAUAUCACACAUUUCUCUUUCUACUGGUUUCCUAACAAUUCAAGCACUUUAAUCUAUAUAAUCAAAAAGAGCAAGCUGAAUAUUUGACCAAACAAAUUCUAAAAUAAACUGCAUUGUUGCUAUUUUUGUGCCAUUAAAUAUUUGACAUCAUAUACUGUA